GCCGGCCCUCUCUCUCUCUUCCUCAUAGUCCGAGGCUAUGGCGGACUACCAGGGCAUUGCCCUGCUGUCCAAAGGACAACACAAAGCAGCUAUGGAUGCUCUAGCCCAGGCCGCCAUGCCUGACUCUGCCUCAAAGCUUCUCGGUGUAGCUCUGCCUGCUGCAGCGGCCACCAAGGUGAUUAAGAUGGCAACCACCAUAGCCAGAGCGCGGUACAAGAAGUUGGUGGAGACGAUUGAGGCAGCUGAGGCGCAUGCCUUUGCUAUCGGAGUUGGAAAACUGCCGUCUGGGAGAUUCUCCGAGUCGGGUGUACCUGAGAACUCAGUGCCAGACUUGGGCACAAUCAGGGAUGGUCAAGUGCACGUUUCCAAAGCGCCGGAUCCAGAACGACCUGCAGGCUUGGUGAUAUCCGCACCUGUCCAUGGAGUCCAGCGGCUAGGAGAUCGUUACCAGGACAACACCUCAGAGUUGGCGGCCAACUGCGAAGUGACUGUCCAACAAGCUGAUCUCCGCCACAGUUGUUGGAGACCGGAAAGUGUUCAGACAAGGAAUGGAAGUGGUGGGAUUACUCACCACCAUUCAGCCGAACGCGUGCAGAGUCUGCAGACCCUCCGGCUGGCAGAUCACCAGAAGACGGCCACAGGAUUCGUUCCCAAUAAUGGUCCCAAUGCUUCUGUAAUCAAGGAACCUCUUGAUGGCCACGGUUGUUGGAAAUCCGGAAGCACAGUGACCACGAACGGAAGCAGGGCCGGUCGCCCCCAGUCGUCCGAAGGCCCACACCUCGUGCAGGCGGAAGGUCACCGGCCAAAGGCCACAGAAUACACGCCAAACCAUGUGGCAUCCGAUCAAUCGACUGCUCAGAGGGGUUGCCGACAGCCUCCAGCAAAUGUAGAGACAGGGCACACAAGCCAGGGUAAUCAUCAACACGCGGCCCCUGAUCGAUACGAGUCGCCCGCGGAGCUUGUCCAAGAAGUGAGAGGAGGGACAGAGAAGGCAUUCGGCAUUGGUGUCAACGACCGUGAAAGGGAACUCCUGCGAAUGCUGGAGAGGGUCUUAAAUGGGGAUGCAAUGAAGACAGGGGCAGUGUUGAAGAGUGAGGGCGGUUUCGAGGAAAACGGGUCGUCAAAGCCGCAUGGAGGGAAGGAGGGCUCCUUGAGGGGCUCAACUGCGAACGCGGCAGGUGCCAAUGCCCAUGUUGAUUGCAAUGUGGAUGUGUCAACUUUGGAUCGCCCAGUUGCAUCAGGAAGGAUUCAUGAGAGUAUGUCGGAGGAGACGGAGAAGCGGCGGCACGGACAGGACACCUGCACUCCUGGCGAGUCGAUGCCCGGACCGGAUACUGUUGAGGAAGUCGUUAUAUCGGCCGUUCAGCGGGAGGUUGAAAAUGCUGUUGCCGAAGUCAAAUUGCGAAUGUUGGAGGAGAGACGGAACGAGCUGGAAAGGCACAAGCAAAGGAUGGAAAGAGAAAAGCAAGAGGCGGUGGCUAAGGUGUUAGAGGAGGAGAAGAGACGGCAAAGACAGAUUGAGGAAGCGAGGGAGCGGGAGAUUGUGAAGAUGAUGGAUGCAGCUGUGCAGAAGGUAGAGGAAAGGAUGAAACGGGUAAUGGAAAGAGAAAGACAGUGCGCAGAGGACGAACAACGAAGAGCGGCCAUGGAGGCAGAGGCUAUGGUGAUAAUAAAUUGGGAGAGAGAGAGAGAGAAAAGAUGCACAAGCCGAAGUGAAGAAGGGCAUGACAUUGCGCUUCAGCAUUCGUGCCAAGCUCACAAUCAAGAUCAAGCCGAGGUUGCAGCUGUUAGUGAGGUGACCGCAGAGGCAGCGGGGAAGUUGGACGCAGUUUUCUCGGCAUGUGAUUAUUACAAGAAGCCAACCGGAACUGCAAAGGUCAACGAUGUACUGACGGAAACAGCAGGAGGAGCAGAGACUUUGGUGGCAGGGAAACGACCAACGAUAGCGGGCGACCAGAUGGAAAAUAGUGGAGGCUCGCUCAUCUUUAGCGAGGCGAGAAUGGUGGUCACCACCUUCGCCUCCCUUGGCUACACCAGCACUCGAUACUCUUCUCCCGCAUCUCCGGAAAUGCCGGAGGACCGCACUGCGUUAGUCCUGAAAGAGGGUUAUGAACUUAUGAUUCUCGUACGACGGUACUACGACCCUGUUAAGUAAUCGUAUACCUCGGGGGUCGAAAAGUUACCUCGCUUCAAAGCGCCGUAAGCACCCGCAA